AUGAACGUAAACAACUCCCGCGCAAGACCGAAACGGGGAUUGCAGCUCACUGCAGAGCAAAUCCAAGGGCGUAUCAUUGACUGCGAUGAAAGCUGCAUGCAGAAGGGCGGGUGUUUUGCGAUGGCCAUAUUCAAGGCUUCGACCGCAUUACAAGAGUCUGAGCUCGAUCAAAACAAGUUUGGCACUGCAGAAGGAAACCACUGGAGUUAG